AUUUUUCUCCUUUGCUUUAAUUCUCCCUCUGCCGCGCACCACGUCGCACGAUUCGCGACACACGACUACACGAGUCAACGUGAUUGGCCACCCUCACCGGAGGAUAGUCGUCUAUCAUCGACGAAGCUGACACAUUCAGUUCAUAGAAAUCUUCGGACGCACGAGGAUAUAAAGAGAACUGUCCUGGUCCCAUUCGAAGAUCAGCCGUCUUCCAUCGUGGACCAGAAGUGAUCAGAAGCAGUCGAGAGUCGAGAGAUAGUCGAGAGCUUGAUUAUCGUCCAAUUGUAUCCAGAUAAAUCAACAACGAAACACUAAUAUGUGCGUACGUACGUUGAUUGGUAACGAGACGUGCGAGCCGAUUGCGAUCACCGAUUCGAAGCAAUGCAGCAAGUCCCGUGUCAAGGAGAAGUACAUCAAGCUCUAUGAGGAGAUGAUAGAGAAGGAGAAGCUCCAGCGUCAACGAGAGCAAGCGGAGAACGCGCUCUUCCUACCCGACCUGGCCGAUGAUGUCCUGGUCGCCAGCACUAAUCACUACAGUCAGAUACUGAAGAAGCUGUCUACGUAUUACGAGGUCAUGUGCCGCUCCAAAGUGUUUAAGAUCCUCUUUUACACAACACAGCCCGCACAUGUAAUCAUGAUCGCCGCAGUCUUAUUCGUUACAUCGGUUCUUUUCCCAAUCAAAGAACGAGUACAAAAUUCUAAUCAUUCUUACUCAAGAAUGAUGUCCUUUAUUUAUCUCACAUCCUUCGUUAUACACUUUGGUGCUCAAAUUUGGAUGACUUUUGUAUCUGGUCUGUCUUUAUAUUUUGCACUGCCACGACAUGCAUUCGGCGAAGUGCAGCGCGUUCUAUUUCCAAGAUACUUUACGAUUAAUGCGUGUUUAAGUCUUAUCACGCUCCUCAUAUUUGUCAAGCAUCAUCCGACGCAUACAUGGGACUCUGAAAUUGCUGUUCAGGUUGGCGCAAUGUCCGGAGCCUUUUUUCUAGAAUUACUGAUACGCCUCUAUCUAACACCUCCGCUUCUUCAGCUGAUUGUGCAGAAGAAUAACUUCGAACGUGCUGCAGGCGUUGGCAACGAGAUAGGCCGUCACAAUCCUGGACCGCUUAAAAAUUGUAUACAUUACAUGAAGAUUCACCGAGCGUUUCGUCGAGUACAUGUAUGCAUAGCUAUGGGAAACAUGCUCACUAUGGCAUGCACGGUACUUCAUCUCUAUUAUAUAGCGAGCAAAUUAUGCGCUUUGUAAGAAUAAUUUUAAUCAUAAAAUUUAUAUAUGCAUUUUUUUCGUGAGCUCAAGAAAGUUCUCGAAAAGAAUAUAGAAUCUAGAAAAUAAUUUUGAGAAAAGCGUUGGUAGUAAGUACGUUAGUAUAUGUCGUAUGAUAACGAAAGUUUAAAUGCACCGGAAUAUUCAAACCUAGUGCAAGAUGUGAUUUUUCCUGCCAUUAAAAUUAAUUGCAAAAGACUGUA